AUGGCAAGACAAGAACGAUUUAAUGAACGCCUCGAACAGAGGAUUGUGGCUUUCGAAGCACAAAGCCAAAAUGGGCGGGAAAAGAAGGCGUCUAGGCGCCUGCCUAAGGCGCUUACGGUAAGAAUUAGUGUAUUUUUUAGCUUAUUGUUUACAAGUUCCGGGACUAAAUAGUUGUUUUAAAAUGAUCUUACUGCUAGCUUCGCGAUCAGAAACGCGGAAAACCCUAGCUUAUUCUAGUUCUCUUACCAUCCUUCUCGAAGACCUUUCGAAGAGCAAAGCCAAAAUGGGUGGGAAAAGAAGGCGCCUGCCCAUGGCGCUUACGGUAUGCAUUAAUGUAUUUUUUUUAAGCACAUUGUUUACAAGUUCCGGGACUAAAUAGUUGUUUUAAGAUGAUCUAACUGCUAGCUACUCGAUCAGAAAUGCGAAAAACCCUAGUUUAUCCUAGUUCUUAUAACAUCCUUUUAACCAGCUUUAAUGUUAUGCCCAGUUGGUGGUUCCAUAUGAUAUAUAUAUUUUUAUACAUAUAUUUUGGAUUCCACAGGCCAAUGUUAGGGAAGUUUACCAAAGCCUUGUUGGCCGAGAUGAUGGCAGGGAGAUCCAGUGGGACUUUUCAAAAAGGUAUGUAUACACUGUAUGCGUUUAUCUCACUAAUUGAAAAUAAGUUAGGUAAGGGGCGGACCAUCAUAUUUUUAGGGGGAGGGGGGGUCGCACAAUUUUUCUGAAUUGUUGUUUCAACUUCAGGUUGCGUGGGGAAAGAAAUGGCGGUAACAAGAUAUUACAUAAUUAUUACGAGAAAGUGAUUUGGUAUAUACACUUCAUUGUGGUGUAAAAUUUUGCAGAGAAAACUUUUCAGGGAACUUUUUGGGAUCAUGAAAAACAAGCAAAAGAGUUAAGUGCCACAUGGUACAUUUAUUUCACACAAAGAAAGUUAUUGUGCAAUUAAAAACAAGAGAACAAACAAUGAAAGGUAACCAUACUCACUUAAGAAAAAAUGAUGACUUGCCUCUGGUACAUAAAGUAAAAGACCAUUUUUAAUGUGUGUGCUAUUAACACUGAAACUGUACACGGUAAGGAUGCACCAUGCAGUUUCUGGUGUUAUUGAUAUUGUUUUUUCUAUCAGAGAAGCCACAGAUAAAUGCACAACAGCUGGGUAAAAUCCUUUGUCCCCCAGCCCUAAUUUACAGCCCUGAAGGUCUAAAAGCUGCAUACACUUUCUAAUUUAUGGUUUUGCACCUAAUGUAACCGCCUCUCUUCCUGUGCAGAGCCCCAAGUGGAAGUGGUUACAGCUGGAAUUUUAAACUAUGCUUAAACAAUUAUAUUUAAUCUCCUAGCUUCAAUGGACCUGAAAACAAGGUUGUAAAUCAGCAAAUUUUAGCUGUAGUGCAGAGUAAUGACCACGAAACACCAGUUGUUACAAUAAAAGGUAAAUUCACCUUUUUUCUUCUUUCUUGUAAGAUUAAUGUAUCAAAUGUUUUGUAACAAGUGUUGUUGCUUUGGUUUGAGUCUUAUCCUGACCACUACCUGGAUUUGUUUCAUGGUAGCCUUGAGUUCAAAUCUUCGGCCAUGCUUGUAAAUAGCCAACUGAUAUAUAUGCCAAUAUAUAUAUAUUUAAAUUUGAAUUUUUCCUCGGUUUACAAAUUUUUUUAAUCAAACCAGUUUAAUUUUUAUUUCCAUUAUUGAGGUUAAAACGGUAAAAACGAACGAUAAAAUCCGACGUUUCGGAGUAGUCAUGACUCCAUUAUCAAGGUAAAAGUUUAAAACAUGCAAAUAACAGUAUUUAAGCGAUGUGGCGCGAAAAAUUAACAUAAUAGGUGCGAAGAUUAUACAAAUACUUUCGCACGAAUAGAGUCCGAUUGCACGUUCAGGUUUGGCUUUAAAGUUCUUAUAUGAAGCAUUUCGUACAAUAAGCAGUCAAAUUUGUUCCUGCACUUCUUAAGAACUUCGAAGCAUUUCAGUAGGUCCUGAGGGAUCGUCCCGCGUACUUUCUUGCAAUGUUUGGCAAUGGCUGAGGACUGUUGUUUAUGUCCUUUUACACGAUUGUGUAAAUGUCCGCGUGUGUAUCCUAUAUAACCUGCAUCGCACAGGUCACAUUGGUAUUUAUAAACAACACACUGUUCAUUUACGAUCGAUGGCUUUGCUUCUUUCAGAUUCAGUUCUUGAUCAAUUUUUAGGCUGACAAAUACGGGCUGGAUGUUGGUGUUCACUUUUAGGCUCAGAUCCUUGAGUUGUCCUUUCACAAAAUUUGCUGAGGUUUGGUCUUUAAAUGGUAGAACCACUCAAUUGUGUCAUCCGUCUCUUUAGUUGGUAAUAAUAGUCGCUGCUGGUCACAAACCUUUGAGUCAACGAAAUUUUUGGUGGCAGAGUCGAUGAGGUGUUUGGGGUACUUUUAUGAUCUUUUAGGAAAUCUCUUUUAAUUAUUGAGGUUGAUUACCAUAAUCUAGAAUCUGAGACAAAGGAGAAUGAAAAUCAAAAUAAUUUAAAUAUUUUAAAACCAAAUAAACAUUAAAACCACAGCAUAAUUGCUUACAUGUACCCACUGGAUUGGUUAAGAGGAUAAUAAACUGCACCCACAGUCCUUCCUCUUCCGAUUUUGGUUGUAAACAGUUUAUUGCACUCACAUGCAGUUUUUAGAUACACAAGUAUUAUAUCAAAAUGUUUAGUAAUUAAGAGGUUUUAUUUUAAGAAGGUAACACAACAGUAUAUGAGAAUACUGACAAACUUGUGGCCUUCUGAAAAGUAAAAGUACAAUUUAAAUCAAAAACAUAAACCUAAUAAUAAGUGUUAAAAUGGUUAAAAAUUUGAAGCAAAUUACCCUUUACCAUGUUUCAACAAGACAACAUUACUCUUUUUUAGCUGCUAUGCGGUUCCAUUUCCGAACUAAGAGACGACAAGAGGUAAACAAAUCAAGAAAUGCAGCUCAGGACGUAUUAAAGCAACAGAGAGCCCGAAGCCGUCUAAAUACGGUAAAUAAUAUUCAAAAUUCAAGCUGUUUUGAGUUUUUCUGCUGUUGAACACCAUAGCAAUGCUUUAAACAAGACCCAGUAUCUGUAAGAGCUCUGCUAGGUAGAAUCAAUAAGCUAAUUUCAACCCAAACCUUGUCUAUUUGUGACUUUCAUAUUUAGUGUAAUUGUGAGCAAUUUUGUUUAAUUUAUUUUAAUACAGAAAAGAACUAGAGAGUGAAAGCUCUCAACCUUUCUACAUCUUUGGCUGCGGAAGACAAAGAUCAGUACAUGAAGUUCAUGACCAUAGACUAUAUGUCAUCGGAACAUUCUAUGUCAGAAUCUGAGGAGGGCGAGUCGAACAGUGAGCAUGGCUAUGAAAGCUCAGACUCAGAGAGGCCAAAGAAGAAAGGUUUUUGUGUAAGUUCACUUCAGUGGCGGAGUCCUGCACUAACUCAGGUCAUGCACAGUCUUGACCGAAAGUCAACAAGCAGAAGGAGUGCAAAAGGUGCUAAUAUGUUAGUGGAAAGGCGUCGUACAGGCAUAAUCUCGAGCCGCCUUGCUCCUGAUGAUGCUGAUCCCUUUGCACUGGCAUAA